UGUUGUGUCGGUCCAGAAAUGUCAGUGUUGGGCUCUGAUUGAUCGCGGCUGGUUUUUAUGUGAAAUUCGCGAUUUAAGCGACAAGUUUAUUAUUUAAGUGGAAAGUUUUUUUGUUUAAAUCUUAAUCAAUUACAUUAUGUUGCGUGGCUUAGCUGCGUAUAACCGCCUGGGCAACAAGAACCCAACGUUCAAGCUCGUUGCCUGCUACUCGACUGCGGGCCAACGGCGCCAGGGUAAAAUCUACGAAUCGGCCAGCGAUGCGGUGGCCGACGUUAAGGAUGGAUCUAAAAUACUCUUUGGAGGUUUCGGCAUUUGCGGCAUUCCCGAAAAGAUGAUUGAGGCACUCAAGCAGAAGGGUGUCAAGAACAUUACUGGAGUGUCCAACAAUGGAGGUGUUGACGAUUGCGGCUUGGGCGUGCUGAUUAAACAAAAGCAAUUGUCCAAGGUAAUUGGAUCGUAUGUAGGCGAGAAUACCGAGCUGGUGCGUCAAUACCUGGCCGGCGAGCUAGCUGUUGAGCUGACUCCACAGGGCACUUUGGCAGAGAAGAUACGCGCCGGUGGUGCCGGCAUACCCGCCUUCUUUACACCCACUGGUUAUGCGACGCUGGUGCAGCAGGGCGGUGCACCCAUCAAGUAUGACAAAAAUGGCAAGGUGACAGUGUCGAGCGCUGCGAAGCCUGUGCAAUCAUUCAAUGGUCGCAACUAUGUCAUGGAGGAGUCCAUUUUCGCUGACUUUGCCUUUGUGAAAGCUCAAAAGGCGGAUCCUCUGGGCAAUCUGAUCUUUAACAAAUCUGCGCGUAAUUUCAAUGCGCCCAUGUGCCGUGCUGCUAAGAUUACGGUCGCUGAGGUGGAAGAAAUUGUGCCCGUGGGCGCCAUCUCGCCAGAUGAGAUCCACGUGCCUGGCAUCUAUGUGAAGCGCAUCUUCAAGGGCACCAACUACAACAAGCGCGUCGAGCGCUUGCGCAUAACAGAGCCCAAGCAGAAUGGAGAGACUGCUGCAGAGACCAGCCCUGGCCAAGCUUUGCGUGAACGCAUCGCUCGCCGAGUGGCUCUAGAGUUCCGCGACGGCAUGUACGCCAAUUUGGGCAUUGGCAUUCCCGUGCUUUCCUCCAACUACAUACCGCAGGGCAUGAACGUCAUGUUGCAGUCGGAGAAUGGCAUCUUGGGACUGGGUCCGUUCCCCACCAAGGAUCAAGUCGAUCCGGACUUGAUCAAUGCGGGCAAGGAGAGCGUUACCGUAAUGCCAGGUGCUGCCUACUUCGGCUCCGACGAAAGCUUUGCCAUGAUUCGUGGCGGUCACGUAGACCUCACCAUUCUGGGCGCCAUGGAGGUAUCCGCAACGGGUGACUUGGCCAACUGGAUGAUACCCGGCAAGCUUGUGAAGGGCAUGGGCGGCGCCAUGGAUCUGGUGGCGGCACCUGGCACCAAGGUCAUCAUUACCAUGGAGCACAAUGCGCGCGAUGGCUCCCCCAAGAUUCUCGAGAGCUGCUCAUUGCCGCUGACCGGCAAGGGCGUCAUCGAUUUGAUCAUCUCGGAAAAGGCUGUCUUUCAGGUGGAGAAAGGCGUUGGUCUGACCCUAUUGGAAUUCGCCGAGGGCUACACCGUGGACGACAUUGCAGCCUGCACAGGAGCCAAGUUCAGCGUCUCGCCAAACGUCAAGCCCAUGGCACAAAUAUCCGUUUAACACGCGGUUGCAAUCAGAAAGAAGGCUAUUUAGAAAUACUGUUCAGGUACUCAGGUGAUAUAUUUGUGCAUUUAUUGUUGUUAAACGUGAAACGAUAAUCGUUUUUAACCAUUAAAGUGUAAAAUUGUUUACAA